AUGGUGGUGGAUUCGUCACUUGGUUCGGAGAAGGAGACGAAGGGAAGUAAGCAGCCUGUGUAUCGCGGUGUUCGAAUGAGGAGUUGGGGGAAAUGGGUAUCGGAGAUUCGCGAGCCACGGAAGAAAUCGAGGAUCUGGCUCGGGACUUUCCCGACGGCGGAGAUGGCGAUGCGUGCUCACGACGUGGCGGCUCUGAGCAUCAAAGGAACUUCCGCCAUUCUCAAUUUCCCUGAGCUCUCCGAUUUUCUGCCCCGACCCGUUUCUCUCAGCCCUCGUGACGUCAGAGCCGCGGCGACCAAAGCUGCUCUCAUGGACUUUGGCACGGCGUCGUUUCGUCACGCAGUGUCAGAGAGCGAGACCAGCGAAACAACGGCGUCGGAUAAAAGGUCCGAGAGCGAGACCAGCGAAACGGCGUCGGAUAAAAGGUCAGAGAGCGAGACCAGCGAAACGGCGUCGUUCUCCUCGUCUUGUUUCUCUGUGACGAGCAUUGAUGAGGAAAGUACAGUCUCUGACGACCUGGAAAAAAUCGUAGAGUUGCCGAGUCUAGGCACGAGUUUAGACGAGUCAAACGAGUUCGUGUUUUUUGACUCGCUGGAGGAUUUGGUGUUCAUGCCGUCAUGGCUACGCAGUGGUACGGAUGAAGAUUUUACGUAUAACAAUGAUUCUCCGUUGAACUCAGCUUUCGAAGAAACCUUUUCUUGGAAACACUUUCCCUGA